AGACUCGGGUUAAGCAGUUUGAACCCUCGAGCCUGUGCUUCUCGAGUUCUCUGGUAGCUCUCACCACAGUAGUGCGAUCGAGCCGCACUAUCAAUAACCAUGGCUCGGCUCAGAGACUCUCGCUCACCAACUCCAGCAGGCAGUCAGCACUCUUCAAAAAGAAGUCGCAGAGAUGAUGACAGAAGGGAUCGAGAUCGAGAUCGCGACCGUCGCGACUAUGGCCGCGAUCAAAGGCGUCGGAGUCGCUCUCGAAGCCCUAAUGAUCGUCGGUACCGCGAACGAGACAGGGAAAUGGAUCGGGAUCGACACUAUCGCCGCCGCGAACGCUCCUUAGACCGACGUGACGACGGCUACUACCGAGGAGCAAGGGACCGCCGACGCUCGCGCGACCGAGCUAGUAACCGCGAAAGAGACAGGUCUCUCGAAAAUCAACGCAGGCGAAGCCGCGACCGCGACCGCAAUGGAGACAGAGAGCAUCGAAGCAGGCGAGACGAGUCCCGUGAUCGAGGUAAAGGGCGCGAAGGUACUGCUGACUCCAACCGCAGCAGACGAGGCGAUAGCCGUGAGCGUGGCCAAGUGACUCCUAGCCCUUCGAAGGCAAAUCAUCAAGCCGAUUCGGCGCCAGCACAACCAGCAGCUCAGACUGAGGCUGAUAAAAAGGCUGAACGACUCGCUAGGCUAGCAGCGUGGAAAAAAAGGCACGAGGAUAAGGAAAAGCAGAAGGAAGCUACACCGGGUGCCACCCGAAAGCUCCUUGCUGAGAUGGAUGAGAAAGCUAAUGGGACGCCAUCCAACUCAACACCAACUGGCGCUUCUCCAGCCCCAGCGUCUCCUGCAGACACACAGUCGAUGUCUCCCGCAGCACAAUACGCCGGUAAAUUCGAUCCUAAGGCAAUUGCAAAGAAGUCAGCUUCGAAAUCGCAACUCCCAAGCGGACCAGCAACGAAGUUGGGGGCUAUUGUAACCCCUUCAUCUACCAAACCAUCCCCAACAAUCAAAGUACCUAGUGCUUCUGCUCUUCCGCAAACUAAGACUAGCGGGUUCGGUUUUCAUAAGCAAAGCUUGGAUGCCGAUAAACCACAUCAAAAACGGAAGUUGAUGCUCGACGAGGAGGAAACCUCUGACCGUAAACUUGCAAAGCUACCAUCAUUUCCCCUUCCCCUUCCUGAUGUUGAUGAUACGCCGUAUGAGAAUCAGGAUGAAGAUGACGAUAUAGAUGCCGACAAUUUCGCUGGUGACGAAGAAGAAGAAGCCGCUGCUGCUCGAGCCGCGCAAGAACGGAGAGAAGAGCGCAUCGCACAGAAAAACGCUCAGCAAGAUACAGAAAUGCAAAUGGAUAUCACAGAAGAGAGCUCGACCCUUGUUGUUAAUCCGUCUACAGAAGACACAGCGACUAGUGAAGCAAUGGAAGUGGAAAACGAUGAAGAGGACGUCGAUCCUCUAGAUGCUUUUAUGAAUGAUCUUGAAACCAAGCCCAAAUUGGAUACUACUCUUAAACAGAAGGAAGACUCAAGUAAACGCCCACAAGAACCUGAAGCAUAUUUCAGUGACGACGACUACGACUUUCGCAAAGAGAACGCCGAUCCCAGCUCCUUCUUAGCCCUUGCCGCAAAAGCACGCAAGAAGAAAGAUAUACCGGUUCACGACUAUAGCAAGCUUGACCUAGAGCCAAUUCGAAAGAAUUUCUGGGUUGAGCCUCAAGAAUUGUCUGAAAUGACUGAAGCUGAGCUUACUGAUUUACGUCUCGAAUUAGACGGUAUCAAAGUUUCGGGUAAAGAUGUGCCGAAACCUGUUCAAAAAUGGUCUCAGUGUGCACUUUCACGAAAAACUCUUGAUGUUAUCGACAGCUUGGGAUUUGAUAAGCCAACACCUAUCCAGAUGCAGGCAUUUCCUGCUAUCAUGUCUGGCCGAGAUGUGAUUGGUGUUGCUAAGACGGGAUCGGGAAAAACACUCGCAUUUCUAUUGCCCAUGUUCAGACACAUUAAAGACCAAUCCCCAUUGAAGGAGAACGAAGGUCCCAUUGGGCUGAUCAUGACUCCUACUCGCGAGUUGGCAACACAGAUCCAUCGUGAUUGUAAACCUUUCCUUAAAUCGAUGAAUCUCAGAGCCGUUUGUGCCUACGGCGGUGCUCCUAUCAAAGAUCAUAUUGCGGAGCUCAAGCGGGGUGCUGAGAUCAUUGUAUGCACUCCAGGGCGAAUGAUCGAUCUACUAGCAGCCAACCAAGGCCGUGUCACGAACUUGAGGAGAGUCAGUUACGUAGUUCUUGAUGAGGCUGACAGAAUGUUUGACAUGGGAUUUGAACCGCAAGUGAUGAAAAUAUUUGCCAAUAUGAGACCAGAUCGACAAACAAUUUUAUUUUCCGCCACUAUGCCUCGUAUCAUGGAUUCUCUAGCCAAGAAAGUUCUGAACAACCCUGUCGAAAUCACCGUGGGAGGCAGAAGCGUGGUAGCGCCCGAAAUUACUCAGAUAAUCGAAAUUCGAGAGGAAAACACCAAGUUUCUGCGUCUUUUAGAGUUACUUGGCGAGCUCUAUGAUAAAGACGAGGAUGCUCGCACUCUCAUUUUUGUUGAGAGACAAGAAAAAGCGGACGAUCUUCUCAAGGAACUUCUACGAAAAGGCUAUCCCUGUAUGUCUAUUCAUGGUGGCAAAGACCAGAUAGACCGGGAUUCGACGAUUCAGGACUUCAAAGCUGGCGCCCUUCCAAUAUUGAUUGCAACAUCAGUGGCCGCUCGUGGCUUAGAUGUGAAACAAUUAAAGCUUGUUGUCAACUACGAUGCACCCAAUCAUCUCGAAGAUUAUGUACACCGCGCUGGUCGUACUGGGCGUGCUGGAAACAAAGGAACAGCCGUCACCUUCAUCACAUCGGAUCAAGAAAACUGCGCACCGGGUAUAUCGAAAGCUCUUGAACAGAGUGGCCAGCCCGUUUCGGAACAAUUAGAAGAAAUGCGGAAAGCCUUCAGAGAAAAGGUGAAGUCCGGCAAAGCAAAGGAUCAAUCAGGCUUUGGGGGCAAGGGCCUGGAGCGUCUUGAUCAGGAAAGAGAGGCUGCCCGUCUUCGUGAACGAAAAACACAUAGAGCUGAAGGCGAAGAAGAAGAAGAUAACAAAGAGGAGAAAGCAGCCGAUGAUAAGAAAACUGAUAAAGCCGCUGCCGCCAUUCAAAGCGCCUCAUCAGGCAUCAUCAGCCGUGAUGCAGCACCAAAGAUUGAUCUUGAACCCAAGUUUACCAUCCAUAAGCGAGAAGAUCCCACACCCUCAUCAUCAUCUACUGGAGGCAAUAACCCCUUGGAUAAGGUAUCGUCGGCAAUUAAUGCCAUUAACGCUCGCUUGGGCCGUACUGGUCAGCUUCGACCUGGCCAGCCCAUCGACAAUAAAGGCCCAGAUGCCGGUGCUUUCCAUGCUACUCUUGAGAUCAACGACUUUCCUCAGAAGGCACGCUGGGCCGUUACCAACAGGACGAACGUGGCUAAGAUUUUGGAGGCCACCGGCACGUCUAUCACCACUAAGGGUAACUUCUAUCCACCAGGCAAAGAGGUUCAGCCCGGUCAAGAACCUAAACUCUACAUCCUCGUGGAGGGUGAUACAGAGCUGGUUGUAGCUAAUGCAAUGGCUGAAUUGACACGCCUCCUCAAGGAGGGUACUAUCGCGGCAGCGGACGCCGACAGCAGAGCACCAGUCGGUGGAAGAUAUACUGUCACAUAAAGAUGUCUAUGCUCACUGUGCCCCAACUAGGGAGUUCUAUUGGGUAUUCCAGCAAAGAACAGAAGCGGCAGAGAUUGCUCGUACACCAUGGGUUGUGGUUUGAGUUCCAGAGACACAAGAGGGAGGAAAGAAAAUAGUAGGUGUUCACAGGCGAUAUAUAUGUAUAUGGAGGCCAGAGUAUUCAGUCAUGUAUCGUUAGAUAGGGCAAUAUCGACGGUAACGCUUGAAGAGCAGCUCAAAAACAUUACGAUCUUCCCGGUUGUACAGAUUAGUAAAAAGUA